CACUACUACGUCUUCUGCAUGCGUCGUCUGCUUGUUGCUUUCUACGAAUUUUACUGUGCUGGAUGAACUUCAUUUAAGGCGAAAUUCAAUUCUACCUAACAUCCUAUACUUCUACACCCCUCAUUCAUGGCCGAUGCAAAUCCUGAAGAUUGCGGGCCUGACGUCAAUAUUUUAGGUCUGCCAGAAGAAAUUGCUCUCUGUAUUUUCUCGUACUUGUCAGCAUCAGAAUUGAGUGACAACGUUGCAAAAGUUUGCACAUUAUGGAGAGUGUAUGCCAGUGCUUUUCAGCUAUGGAAGCGUUUAGAUUACACUGUAGAUGCUGGUGUAAGGGGCAGAAGAGAGCAAGUAUCCAUAUUUCAGACAGCAUCUGCAUUUCGAAAAUUAACUCUGAAAGACAGUUCGAGUCUGGGUUGUCUUUUGCCAAUGCUAUUCUGCAACUGCUCAAGUAUUCAAGAAUUAGUGAUAAGUGGUGAAGAGAUGGAUCCUGAUAUUCUUUCAAAUCUUGGAAGACAUUACAAAGGCUCCAUUCAAUCUCUUACUCUUGAGGGAAUGGAACUCGACAAUAAUUGGUAUUCAUCAAUAUCAGGCAUAGCCAGGGGCUUGAAAUCUCUGACCAUUAAAGCUGAUUGUUGUGUGUGGGCAAUGGGCCUCUUAUCUGUUGAGUGCAUCUCCCUCAGUGCUCUACGUUUAACAAGCUGUUGUCAAACAGAAAACCAUCGCAGACAGAUGCAAGGAGUUAAAAGAAUGUUGAGUUUGUUACCAGAUGGUUUGCAAACAUUACAGCUUGGAGCGCAUAUAACACCAAAUGGAGAAAUCAUGCAAGCAAUCGGAGAAAAAAGAAGACUGGAAACUUUGACACUAGAGGAUUGCUGUGAAAUUUUGGACAGAGAUUUACUGAAUCUUCUUAGUCUUUCCAAAUUGCAAUGCCUUCAAUUGUGGCGUGGUCAUAGUUUCUCAACAAAUGGUCUUCUUAAUUUUGUCUACAACUCAAACUUCCCUCAUUUGAAACAUCUAGACUUCUUUGACUGUCCAAAUCUCAAUGAUGAAGUGAUACAAGAAAUUAGUAUCAAGUGCUCACAAGUGGAAACUUUGGAUAUUAGCAGCUGUCACUUGAUAACUGACAAUGGACUGGCCAGCAUUUUCCAAUUUUGUUCCAAUCUUCACACUCUUAAGAUGAGCCACCUGCCUCAGCCAACUGGAAAAGACUACUUGAACCAUCUGCCUCAACUUCUGCCAAAAUUGAUUUAUCUAGACGCAUACAAUUGUUGCAACAUUUCUAUUGAUCUUUUAGCUAGUCUAGAAAAUGAAAAAUUAAUAGUAAUGUAUGGAAAACGCAUCAGAAGAAUUCAAAGGUGACAUUUUUUAAACAUAAAUUAAAAAUCC